UGCAUCAGUCUUAGCCACUCAAAAAACAAAACAGGUGUGCUAAAUCAGUCCCUAAUUAAACGCACGCUACAUAAAUAGCCGCCCAUUAAACAGAAAACCGGGAUAUGUAUUCCUGAAGCACUAGAUAUAGCGUUUGUCGUACUUAAUAUUGUCGAAGUUAAUAUUUGACACCGUUUAAAAAUGACUAAUGAUGUAUCUAAAAAGAAGGGGAAGAUGACAGGUGAGAAGAAGGGCAAGAGAAAGGCCAAAAGAAGAGAGACAUACGCGAUGUACAUCUAUAAAGUUUUGAAACAGGUUCAUCCGGACACGGGGAUUUCGAGCCGAGCAAUGAGCAUCAUGAACUCCUUCGUGAAUGACCUGUUUGAGAGGAUUGGCACGGAGGCGUCGCGGCUGGCUCAGUACAAUAAACGCUCCACCAUCACCAGCAGAGAGGUGCAGACUGCAGUGAGACUGCUGCUGCCUGGGGAGCUGGCCAAACACGCCGUGUCUGAGGGAACCAAAGCUGUCACCAAGUACACCAGCUCCAAAUGAAGACUUUUCAACUCACUCCCAAGUUGUUGUGACAAGAGGUUUUCAAACCCGUUUAUCAACGGUUCUGUACGCUGGUUCACUUCAAUAAAUGCACCAAUAGCUGA